UUUAAUGUUUUCAAUCAAAAAUACUUUAAUGUUAAUUUUUUUGGUAAGUACAGUGAUGGGCUUCCAUAUAUGGAUUGUCUGCAAGGCGCUUUCUGUUUUGGGUGACGUCACAACUAUCAUAGUGGUGAACCACGGCAAACGUUCGCUCAAAUCUUGGCCAGAUGAUUCCGUAUACAUACUGAAUUGGGACAAACAUUUGGACACAAGAAAUAUCUUUUAUGGCUGUUGCACCGCACCAAAAUGCAUAUUGACCAAAGACAAAAAUUAUUUCGGCAAAGAUUACAAAUACUUCGACGCUAUGUUGUUCAGUGAAAAGUAUUUAGAAUCAACAAAUAGACCGAAAACAAACAUAAAUAUGUUGAAUAUAUUUAUUUCGAUACAACCAAAGAAUAAGAAAGCAGUCUGUGACAAUUAUUACGACGAUUUCUUCAAUUUAACUUUUACUUAUCGGCUAGACUCGGAUAUAGUGUGGAAAGAUUUUGUAUUUCAAAGCUUUAGUCAAGAAAUUAUAGCCCCAAGUUUAUCACCUGCUUGGAAUACAAGUUUCAAUCCUAUCAAUCAAGAGAUAAAGUCGAUUAUUCAACAAAAAACUAAAUCCGUUGCUUACAUAGAUUGUAAACUAGAGAACUGGACAAGACCGUACUUAUCCAAAUUACAAAAACAUUUAGAUGUAUACUCCCUGAAAAUAUACAAGAAUAAUUGUUCAAACAUAAGUGAUAAAGAAGUAGAUAAUGGUAUAUUAAAAAACGAAUAUAUGUUUUACAUAAUUUUUGAAGAUUAUUUUGCUGAGGAUUACGUUACUGGGAAAAUAUUACAAGCAUAUAACGAUAAUGUGGUACCUAUCAUCUUUGGUGGAGCUAAUUAUACCAGAUUCCUACCGCCACAUUCAUACAUCGAUGGCCGUGUUACAAACCCAAGUGAUAUAGCAAAAGUAAUCAAUGACUCGUUAAACAAUUACACUGUAUACGAAGAAUAUUUUAAAUGGACAAAUUUAUAUAAUAUUGUCAACUAUCAACCAUUCUGCGAUCUUUGCGAAGCGUUAAAUAAGCCCAUUAAUAAGCCAGGGAAGAAAGACUUUAGACGUUGGUGGAAUGGUCAAGAUAUGCAGCAAUGUUUAGUGCCUGAAUCCAAAAAUGAUACAUCAAAAAGUGAAUGA